AUGGAUGCUAAAAACUUUUAUCAGAAACAAAGUUCUGGAUGGGAACCUUGGGGAGUUAAUAUGUUGAAAGAUAAUAGUGUGGAACAAUUUCUAGAAAAGUUGUUGAUGGAUGGGAUAGAAGAAAAUGUUGUAAACAUGGAAAGAUCAGAAGAAGAUUUUAGCAAAAAUGAGGAUUUGGUUGUUAAUAUUCCUUUGUUUUCUGAAGUUAGAGAAGAAUCAGCUGUGGAGGAGGAAGCUAACAUUAGUGAAAAAUGUGAUGAGGAUUUUAGUAAAAAUGAGGAAUUAGUUGUUCAUAUUCCUAUGUUUUCUGAGGUUAGAGAAGAACCAAUUGUGGAGGAGGAUUCUAACAUAAGUGAUGAAUCCAAAGGCAAAGCUAUCAUAAUUAAUGAAGAUUUUACUUCUGACAAGGGGUUAUCAUUUCCAAAUAACACUGAGGAAGAAAUGGUUAAAGAAGAUGACAUUCUUAUGAUUCAACCUUUGAAGUCUCUGCCACCUGAAGACCCAAUUUGUAAUAAGAAGGUUUCUUUUGUUAGAAGAUGUGCCAGAUUUGCUGCUCUUGAGCCAAUGUCUGCUUUGGAUAGAGCUACUUCCAGAAUGGAACAGAUUGACAACAACCUUACUCCUGGAAUUGGCACUGGAGGGUCAGGUGAAUCUUCUUCUUCUUCUUCAAUGGGUUCUUCUUUUGUUCCAAUUCUGUUUGAAAAUUGUUCUAACCAUCAAUUACAGAAAUAUGCAUCUAAAUGUGCUAUUUUUCUUGAGCCUCAGGAGAAUUUUGAUCCUAUUAAAAAAGCCCUUGGAUUGUGGUUGGAGAUUUUAAUGUUACUUCCAAUUCUUUUGAAAGAAAAGGACACAGUGAAAGAUGAUAUUAUGAAAUUGUUUGAGGAAUUUUAUGAAGGUACUCUAGAAAUCAAUAGACUGAAUUAUGCUCAUAUUGUCCUUAUUCCUAAAAAGGAGGAUUCUUCUGUAAUUAAUGAUUACAGACCCGUCAGUCUUCUUAAUGUGAUAUAUAAAGUGAUUACUAAAGUCCUCACUAACAGGUUGAAUACUAAGCUUGAUUUGCUUAUUGAUCCUUUACAAUCUGGCUUUAUUAAAAAUAGAUACUUGCUUGAUGGGGUAGCUGCAGCUCAAGAGAUUAUCAAUGAUUGUUUUCAAAAUAAGAAAAGAGGGGGGAUUUUAUUAAAACUAGACUUUGUGAAAGCUUAUGAUAUGCUGGAUUGGGAUUUUAUUUUUGAUGUUUUGAAGGCUAAAAAAUUUGGGGAUAAAUGGAUUCACUGGAUGAGAAUAUGUUUACAUGGGGGAAUGUCUGUCAUUGAUGUUAAUGGCAAAGUAGGGAAGUGGAUCAUGUCUAAGAGAGGGGUGCGUCAAGGAGAUCCUUUGUCUCCUCUUUUGUUUGUUUUGGCAGCUGAUUCUUUUACCAAAAUGUUAAAUUUAGCAGUUGAAUCCCAUUUUAUUGAAGGUUUAGGACCCAAUAAUAUGAGAGAUAAAGUUCAUUGUCUACAAUAUGCAGAUGAUACACUGAUUUUCUGCAAAAAUAAUAGAGAACAGUUGACAGUUUUGAAAUUGAUUCUCUACUGUUUUGAAUUAGCAUCUGGUUUGCAGAUUAGUUUUAACAAGAGUGUUCUUAUUGCUCUUGAGAAUGAUGAAUCAUUACAACAGGGUUUGGCUACUAUGAUGAAUUGUAAAAGUGGUAGCUUCCCUAUUACUUAUAUUGGGAUGCCUUUAAGACCUGGGAAGUUAAAAAAAGAUGACCGGUCUCCUCUGAUUAGUAAAAUUGAGAAAAGGUUAGCCUUAUGGAAAGGAAAUUCCCUAUCAAGAGGAGGUAGAUUAGUAUUAGUUAAUGAUGUUCUCUCCUCUAUACCAACUUUCUGGCUUUCUUAUUUUUUAUUUCCUGUAUGGGUUAUUGAAAAAAUUGAUAAGAUGAGAAGAAGAUUUCUAUGGAGUGGCUCUUUGGAACAUAAAGGUUGUUCAAAUUUGGUUAAAUGGGAUGAAGUUUGCAAACCGAAAAAGUGUGGUGGAUUGGGAGUUAAAAAUUUGAAGGUUAUGAACAAAGCUCUUUUAGGGAAAUGGCUAUGGAAAUGUACUCGAGUGGAGAUUGGCAAUGGAAAUUAUGCUUUAUUUUGGUUGGAUAAAUGGUUAGGUUCAUUUACUCUUGCCUCAUUAUUUCCUUCUUUAUUCUCUUUCACUACAUCUCCUUAUGCUUGUGUGAGUAGUUUGAGGAAGUUUGAAAAUGAUUCGUGGAGAUGGGAGAUUCAUUUUAAAAGGCAGUUGACAGGUUCUUUGGUGUUACAAUAUCUUAGUAUGAUGAAUCUUAUUAACUCAAAGAACUUUGUGUAUCAUGAUGAUAAAAGAGAAUGGAUAUGGGAGACAAAAAAGAUGUUUACAGUUAAAUCCUAUUAUAUUUUUCUUAAUGAUGGAGGAGUGAGAUAUGAUUGUAUGAAUUUAUGGGGCCUCCCUGUUCCUUUAAAGGUUAAGGUCUUAGUUUGGUUGGCUUUAAGGGAGAGUUUAAACACUAAAGAUAUGCUGAAUAGAAAGGGUAUUCAAGUAGAGAAAACAUGUUGUUUAUGUUCAGCAAAAGAUGAAGAUCAUGCACAUUUAUUUCUUAACUGUUCUAAAGGGAUCUCUGCUCGAGCUGCUCGGUUACAAGAAAGGAGGAGAAAAAAAACUACUGGGAGACUUAUCAGUGAUGACGCAGGUACUGGCGGGAUGGCUGAGUUCCAGCAACAAACUGAAGGAAGUAUAAUACAGAAAGAUAUCACGAAUGUGGAUCAGUUAGAUGACAGAGAGAUCACAAAUGUUUAUGAAGGUGGAAAGGAUGGUUUUAGGCUCUAG